CGACACCGACCAUCCCCGCCAAUAAAUCGACUGAACCGACCAUCCGAUGCCAAUCCAUUUUCGUUCUGUUUUCAUAUUUGGAGAAAAACUUUUUUGCCGCCUCUGAUGUUUUCGUUUGUUUUACAAUUACGUUAUGGUUACUUUAGCACUUAGAACAUGGGUACGAUGGUCCAGAUCUUGUACUGUUCGUUAAAUACAAACGCUGCAUGCUAAACUAAACGUAAAUAAUAGUACUUGGCCCACAGUGGAGAAGGUGUAACGUAAAGUGAACGUGUGCGAUGGAAUUAAUACGAAACGGCGUAUGUAGUAUAUGUAACGAAAAUACCAGCGUGCUGAGUAAUUCCGCUGUACAACCUUACUACAAGCAAGUUGAGAAUGCCUUCUUUGAGGAUUCAAACAAUUUCAUUCAAUUUCAGGAGCAAAUCGGCAAUAAAAGUUUCUGUGCAUUGUGCGUUGAGAAGAUUGUGAUAGCCAACCUCUUCAAGAGCGCUUAUGAAGACAUAACGAGAAAGAGAGGCAGCUUUAAUAAUACCUACGAGCGUUGCUUUUUUUGCGAGGGAGAAAAUGGAGACUUAUUAAGGGUGAACGACAACCCUAACGAUUUCGUUACAAAGAUUGGGGUUUUCAUGAAAUGUACCUCGUACCCUUCCUCCUGUGAAGGUUGUGCCACAUGCUUCGAGUGUUUUCUUCACGCCAACAUUUGGUUUGAGGUUUAUGACAAAAUACAUAAAAGGCGGAAACCUAAUCGUAAAGAAAUGAAACAAUUAGAUGCCAUACAUCAUAACAAUUCAUCCUUGGGUAAUGAUGUGUUGCAAAAAGAUAAAGAAAAUGUCACACCCCCACACAACAACAUACAGAAGAUAAAUAGGAAAAGUGAGAGAAGAUUGCGUCCACUAUCCAAACAAAAACCUGCUCCGGUGCGGAAGAAAACACGCAAAGUACAUGGCGAUUACCAAAUGUCAAAAAGCUUCCAGGAUGUUUUGAAGAAACAGUUAAAAAAGUUUAAAAGCUUAAAGGCGCAAUCUCAUGGAAAUAAUUGGUCAUCGAGUAUAUUAUCAGAUAGUAAAAUGUACAAUCAAAUUCCAUAUGUGUUGAUGGAACAUCAGCAACUCCAACCAACUUAUAGAGCAACACGAAAAAGAUCUAAGGAAAACGCUAUGGAGGUCAUAGUACUUAGUGACUCGGAUGACAAUUCGGGAGUUAAGCAAGCUCCAAAACUCCUCAUUCGACGGCCAAUUAAAAUCUCUCUCUCAAAAAAUUUUAGUUUGGACACAACUAAAAAGAAAAAGGGCAAAGGUCGUAUUAAGCGAGUCAAACAUACUUGCCACGUAUGCGACAAAGAGUUUAACAAUUUUUGCAACUACAAAAGACACACACUCUGGCACGAAAAGCCGGAACACUUUCAAAUUAAUGUCACUAGAUACAAUUUACCAGAACAAAUUAAUGCUUCUAAUUUUCCAAUUAAACCCAUUUCCACUAAUGGCUCAACCGAAGAAGCUAAUGUUACCAAAAAUCUAGAAAAAGAAGAGAUUUCGGCGGGAAAAGAUGCGAAUGAGAGCCAUCCCACCGCUGAAACUGGUGAUACAACAAGUCAAGAAAAUGGAGUGUCAAAUAAUAGUGAUAGUGCAAGGAAAGAAAAUUCAGAUUCAGAAACGGCCAACGAUGGAUCGCACGAAAUAAAUCAUAGUGAAAGCAAUACAACUAAUGAUGAAGUUCAAGCUGAGGAAGAGACAAAUAACUUGCCCAAAGAAACCCAUACCCAACCCGAAACAAAUGGCAUCGUUGAACAACAAGAAAAUGAGACUCUUUCCGAAUCGAUUCAUAUAGCAGCACCUCAAGCACAUUCGACUAUGUUUGACAAUGAUGAAAAUAUCCCAAAUGACAUUGAAAAAUCACUGUCUACAAUUGGUAGUGAUGACAAGAGUGAAGACGAAGCAUCGGCAGACAACGAAAAUGGGGAGGUUAACAAUUAUGACAAACCCCCACGGAAACGGAAAUGGGACGAUUUGAGUGGAAAUGCUGAUCAGAAUUCUGGUGAUGAAACUGCACCGAAACGGAAAAAAGUGAGAUUUGCCCUUGAUUAUACCAACUCUACAGAUGCUGCCAGUGUCAAUGAAGACUUGGUAAAUAGUAGCGAUGGGCUAAAUGAGAACGAUUCAACUAUUGUGAAUGAAGUUUAAAAAAGUUUUAUAUGUUAAUAUGAACAAUUUUUUUUACUGUUAAUGUCAGUACCUUUUAUCAUUAUUAUUACUUUUAUCAGCUUUAUACAGACAACCAUUUUUUUUAGCUGUCUCUUCGCCAAGUGUACAAGUUUUUGGUAUAACCUCAAUACUUUUUCCAAUUAUUACCAAACACCUAAUGUAAAAACUGGACUUUUAACUGGCGACAUAGAGACAUUUUCUGUCAUUAAUAUGAUACGACGAACUGCUUUAAAUAUUACGUUAUUUGUAUAUUCUUUCUACCGAAAUGUCUUAAUGUUAUAUUAAACUAGGCGUUUUAAUUUUAUUUGAUUAA